CCGUCUGUAUAUUUCCCUAUUUCUUAAACACUUUAUUUUCCUUUGCCGCUAGCUUCAUUUUUACUUCCCUUCAUGGAUUUCCCAUUUUCCCUCUUUAAUUUCCGAGCUUUCUUCCCCAAAUCUCCAAAAUUCAUUCGAACCCAUUCAAACUCAGAAACCCAAAUUUUAAUUAGAUGUUUGGCUGUUGAAAGGCCACCAUAAGAAGACUCAAAGCUCUUGUUUGAUCCCGCUCCCUGUACUUUCCUUUACCCACAGAAAAAAGCCAUGGUUGGAGGUCAAUUUUGGCUUGUGCAACCCGACGAUGGAGUGAGAAAAGGGGGAUUUCGAGAGGAAGCUGACAGGGAGAGGAGAAAGAGGUUCAUGAGUUCUGGCUCCUUGGGAGGUGUCGGCGAUGAAGAGAAUUUGUCAUUCUGUUGCUGAAAUCUUUGUUUCCUUGGGCAAGUUUUUAGGGCAAUGGGUGUAUUUUCACUUAUUGUUUACUCUGCUUUUAUGUAUGGAAUAUAUGUUCCUGAUUGGCAUUUCACUAUCCCUAACAAGGAUAAUGCUGAUUAUGGGAAGGUUUUCUCUGUAAGCUCUCUUUGCCCUUAAAUUAUGCUACAGAUCCUUUAAAUUCUCCUUCUAUGAUAGACAGUGCUUUGUUUUUAUAUAUAUCUGUUUGAUAUUAAAGCUUUGGACCAUCAGGGUUAUGGUUAUUAAACAUAUAAAAACAUUAUAAACUGUUUAGCAGUUC